AUGCAAGCCAACGGGGAGGAGAUGGAUACAGACGGCGGUGCGACAGGCCACGAAGUUGGCGAUGCGACUCACAAUACGGAAGAUGCCAAGGCUACGUAUAAAUCAUUCAAGUACGUUUCCUGUUCUCAUAUUCACGGCGGGGCAGUGUUGGAUGUGCAAUUUCUACAACCAUUCAAGCCUCACCCAAGCGACAUCGCAUGUCAAGCAUCGUUGACAAUGGUAUCAAUUAGGAAGAAGUUUCGGAAGCAACGGGUCAAGUUUGAUGAGAAGAUGCGUCAGAGCAAUGACUGGUACACGCGGGAGCAGAAAGCGGAAGAGCAGAUUAAACGACUGGCACAAGAGAAUGAUCAACUCCUCGAUCUUCUUCUCGAUGUCAAUAACUCUGCUCAAAUCCCUGCCGAAAAGCGCAUCGAAAUGACCGUCGACGUUCCAGCCCUCUCUGCCAUCCCGCCCUUGGUUAGCAACAAGGACCUGUCCAAAUGCGCCGAACUCGAUACGCCUGCCGGGAAGGCGCUUUACAGAGAGAUCCGAGGCAUGCUAGAAGAAAAGGCAGCCGCGGCAUCAUCAUCUAGAAAUGGAGCCAGAUUAACAAAGCCACUCUCCCUGCUCAUGGCCACGGUCCCUCAUCACUCCGUCAAUAGUCCCCUCGUAUCCGCCGACCUCCUCUCUACCCUCGAAACCCACGAAGGCCACGCCGGCCCAAUAACCUACUUGACAGCUGACCAAAUUGACGAUUACCUCUACGAUAUAGAUGCCUCUCUCGGCACCGCACCUCCUGCCCCUCCUCCCCAGCACCCGGCGCAGCACGACGUUGCCCUCCGCAAUCCAAACAGCGUCUACAACUGGCUCCGCAAGAACGAACCCAAAGUCUUCCUUCAAGACAACGAAGGUAGUGAAAAAUCCCAAGGGAAGCCAGGCUCCCUCCGCGGCGCAGGAAAGCGCGCCAGCAUCCCAGCACCCGUCAAACCCGACGCUCUGGAAUUCGUGGAAGAAGAUGGUCUCGGGUAUGACGCUUCUCUUGCCGGCCCUGUAAGCGCAAAGGGAAAGAGGAAGAGGGAGGACGGCGAUGAUUCUACGUACCAUCCUUCCAAGGGGCAGAAAUUGGAUGAGAGCGGCAAGCCGAGGGUGAAGCGGGCGUAUAACCGGAAGAAGAAACCAGAGGGCUCAGAGGCGAAUACUCCAACACCGAAGAGGGGAAAGAAAGAGAAAGCAAAGCAGAGGAGUCCGCCGCCUGCUCAACAUCCGUUUGGGGGACCGUUGUAG